AUGAACCGGCCAUCGCUGUGGGCGCACUUCGGGCGCGAGAUCGACGAGAUGGCCAUCCUGAUCGAGGCCAAGUCUCCAUCCAUUCGUGCCUACAUGUCCCUCUACAUGCAUGUCCCUCGUCCCUACAUGACCCUCUACACUAUCCCCGAGGCGCGUCUGCCUCUGACGCUUGAGAUGAACCCGGCGCUUCUUGUGCAAUUCCACCGCACGCUCAUCCCCGCCAUCAACACCAUCAUCGAGCAAUGGGAACGGCGUGAACGCGAGAUUGACGCCGUCGUGCUUCAGCAUUUCACUCCUCCGAACCAGUGGCCAGUCAAUAAUUUCAAGCACGAAUCUCGCGAGGAAUUCGCUGCUUUGUACGAAGAACUUUGCCAAGGCAGAACCGACGCCCAUAAGAUUGUUGUCGAUCCCGAGCCCUGCAUCAAUGCCAAAAUCGUGCUCGCCACGUGCGACUACACGUUUGGCAGGAACCGCAUCCCCGGCGACGCCAAGGACUACCUGCAAGCUUUGGAUGCCGUCAAAAAGAAGAUGAAAAAGCUGCACGCGGCAAAACUGAAACCUCUCGCGGACAAGCGCAUAUACGAGGCGACCAUGCAGGAAUGGGCCAACACGCAGCCCUACAAUCGGAUUCCCACCCGCGAAAAGGCCAUCGAUCGUAUGUUGGACGGGCGCUCCUGGGGCCGUGGCAACCUGCCGGAGGAUUUUGACGAGAAGGACGACCCGAUCAUGAAGGCCUACCGUCGUGUGGCGAAA